CCACUAACUGACAUCCUAGAAGUUCGUGCCGGUUACAACACUGAUAAUCUCCAUCGAGCUGCGAAGCAUUAUGAAUUUCAAGAAGCUGCACCGGAAGCAACAUGCUUUUCCAUAAUUUUCACCCAUGCACAAUUUCUGCACAAAUCCGUAGACUUUGCAGCUAGUAGUAAAGAGGUAAACUGGCUCUUUGACAAUAGUUCUUUACAGGAUCGCGACAAAUGGGUGUCUGCACUCACUUACUUAGUGUCGAAAGCAAAGGAGGAAAGAGCGCAUUACAAUGAGGAAGCGUUCAUAACCGAAAAGUUCCAUGAGGCCGAUACCAACAAAAAUGGUAGGCGGUGA